ACACUAGCGCCUGGGAUUCUUAUAAACAUUUCAAUCUCUUUCUCUCUCACCACCUCCGUCCCACACUUUCUCUCUCUAGAAAAAAAAAACAUUUCUGAAAUACAUACAACAAACAUAUAUAGAUAGCUGUUUAAGUCGCCCGUGGUAUUGCAAUGGCGCCGACGUUCAAAGACCUCCAACUGACCGGAAUUGGGGGCCGUGAUUCAACAGCGAUCGAUGUAGCUGACGACGAUCUCGAGGACGUUAGGCUGCUGGAUUCAUACGACGACGUUUAUGCCAAAAGUAGCGAGGAAUCCGGCAUGAAGCGAAUUCAGGUCAAAGUUACCGGGAUGACGUGUGCAGCCUGUUCCACUUCUGUUGAAGGAGCUCUCAUGAGCUUAAACGGCGUCGUUAGUGCCUCUGUUGCUCUCUUGCAGCAUAAAGCUGAUGUCCUUUUUGAUCCCAAUUUGGUCAAGGAAGAUGAUGUUAAGAAUGCAAUAGAAGAUGCAGGAUUUGAAGCAGAGAUUCUAAAAGAACAGAAUACUAACCGUACAAAACCGCAAGGAGGAACUCUAGUGGGCCAGUUCACUAUUGGCGGGAUGACAUGUGCAGCUUGUGUUAAUUCGGUUGAAGGUAUCUUAAGAAAGCUUAACGGUGUAAGCCGAGCCGUUGUUUCUCUACCAACUUCAUUAGGGGAAGUGGAAUAUGAUCCUUUAAUAAUAAGCAAAGAGGAAAUUGUCAAUGCAAUUGAAGAUGCUGGUUUUGAUGCCUCGUUUGUACAGAGCAGUGAGCACGAUAAAAUUAUAUUCGGAGUUGUUGGUGUAAUGAGCGAAUUGGAUGCACAAACAUUGGAAGGCAUACUUUGCAAUUUGAAAGGAGUUAAACAAUUCGGUUUCAGUAGGUUAUCAAAAGAAUUAGACGUUCUUUUUGAUACCGAGAUUCUUGGUCCUAGAUCUUUAGUUGAUGCAAUUGUUAGAGAAAGUUCCGGAAGGUUUCAGUUGCAUGUAAAGAAUCCGUUUACAAGAAUGGUAUCUCAAGAUGAGGAAGAAUCAUCCAAAAUGUAUAGGCUGUUUACAUCCAGUCUUCUUCUCAGUUUUCCAAUAUUUCUUAUGCGAUUCAUAUGUCCUCACAUACCUCUUCUCUACGCCUUACUGCUCAAACGAUGCGGGCCCUUCCAAAUGGGUGAUUGGUUGAACUGGAUAUUAGUUACCCUUGUACAAUUCGUUAUUGGAAAGCGUUUUUAUAUUGCAGCUUUCCGAGCAUUACGUAACGGGUCAACAAAUAUGGAUGUACUGGUGGCACUGGGUACGACAGCUGCGUAUGUGUACUCUGUGUAUGCACUUUUAUACGGUGCAAUUACUGGAUUUUGGUCUCCAACUUACUUUGAAACUAGUGCUAUGUUAAUAACCUUUGUGUUGCUGGGAAAGUAUUUGGAAUCUCUCGCAAAAGGAAAAACAUCAGACGCUAUAAAGAAGCUUGUGGAACUUGUGCCCGCUACAGCUUUGCUACUUGUUAAAGACAAAGGUGGCAAGAAUGUUGGAGAAAGGGAAAUAGAUGCAUUGCUGAUUCAGCCUGGUGAUGUAUUAAAAGUUCUUCCUGGUACGAAGGUUCCUGUUGAUGGUCAUGUUGUUUGGGGUUCAAGUUAUGUGAAUGAAAGUAUGGUUACCGGAGAAUCUGCACCGGUUUUGAAGGAGGUUGAUUCAUUGGUGAUCGGAGGUACAAUCAAUUUUCAUGGUUUACUCCAUGUUCAGGCUACGAAAAUCGGUUCUGACACGGUUUUGAGCCAGAUUAUCUCUCUGGUUGAGACAGCACAAAUGUCGAAAGCACCUAUUCAAAAAUUUGCUGAUUAUGUUGCAAGCAUCUUCGUCCCCACAGUUGUUGGUUUGUCAUUUUUGACAUUUCUUGCUUGGUAUAUUAGUGGGUACCUUGGAGCUUACUCAGACGAAUGGUUGCCUGUAAAUGGAAACCACUUUGAUUUUGCUCUUAUGUUUGCAAUAUCGGUUGUUGUAAUUGCAUGCCCAUGUGCACUUGGUUUGGCCACCCCGACAGCAGUCAUGGUUGCAACAGGGGUUGGAGCCAAUAAUGGUGUUCUUAUCAAAGGUGGAGAGGCGUUAGAGCGUGCCCAAAAGGUCCAGUAUGUAAUUUUUGAUAAAACGGGAACUUUAACUCAAGGUAAAGCCACAGUGACCACUGUCAAAGUAUUCACAGAAAUGGACCGUGGAGAUUUCCUCAGAUUGUUAGCUUCUGCUGAGGCAAGUAGUGAACAUCCACUAGCAAAAGCGAUACUUGAAUACACACGCCAUUUUCAAUUCUUUGAGGCUAGCAAAGAUUCUGAACAUCAAAAUGACGGUUCAGCAAUGUCCGCUUGGCUUCUCGAUGUGUUCGAUUUCCAUGCAGUUCCUGGAAGAGGUGUUCAGUGUCUUAUUGAUGGCAAACCGAUUUUGGUUGGUAACAGAAGUUUGCUGACUGAAAACGGGAUAGAGAUUCCAACUCAUGUUGAAAACUUUGUGGUGGAUUUAGAAGAAAACGCAAAAACGGGUAUACUGGUGGCGUACGAUUCUGAACUAAUUGGUGCGGUGGGGGUGGCAGAUCCGUUAAAACGAGAAGCAGCUGUGGUUGUUGAAGGCCUCAAAAAAAUGGGUGUCCGGCCCAUUAUGGUCACCGGAGAUAACUGGCGGACUGCCAGAGCAGUUGCAAAAGAGGUGGAUAUUCAAGACAUACGGGCGGAGGUAAUGCCAGCUGGAAAAGCUGAUGUCAUCCGUUCAUUUCAAAAAGACGGUAGCAUUGUUGCAAUGGUAGGAGAUGGCAUCAACGACUCUCCGGCCUUGGCGGCAGCCGAUGUCGGUAUUGCAAUUGGGGCAGGUACCGAUAUUGCAAUAGAGGCGGCUGAUUAUGUCUUAAUGAAAAACAAUUUAGAAGAUGUGAUCACAGCCAUUGAUCUUUCAAGAAAGACGUUCACUCGUAUUAGACUUAAUUACGUUUUUGCCAUGGCGUAUAACGUAAUUUCUAUUCCGAUUGCUGCUGGUGUUUUGUUUCCAUGGUUACGGUUGAAGUUGCCACCAUGGGUCGCGGGUGCAUGCAUGGCUCUGUCUUCUGUUAGUGUAGUAUGCUCUUCGUUGCUUCUGCGCAGAUAUAGAAAACCGAGACUUACAACGAUAUUGGAAAUAACUGUAGAGUAGAAAAGAAGGGGGAUUACAAUGUGAAGAAAGAAAAGAGGGCUCAGUGAGUCUUUUGUGUGUUUGAUCUUGAUUUAUUCAUUGCUUUAGUUCAUGUAUAAUCUCUAUUUGAUGAUGUAAAUGUCUCGUUUUGCAUAUUUUUUUGUAGCCUAACUUUCAAGUUAUGAUAAGAGGUCGAUGGUGAUGGCAGAACAGUGUGCGAUCAUUUACAUAACAAUAUUUCACCAUCAGCCCUCGUGAUUUCACCAA